AUGAUUUUUUAUCCCACCAUCCCGCCCAUUUGGUGCAUCAUAGCCACGCCCGAGGAUACCCACGUCGUUGAUCAUCUCGUGAUCGCCAUCGGCGCUGAUACGCGGUUGUCUUAUUUCCUGAUGCAGGUGCUCGAUAAUGUACUCAAAGAUCCAGGAGUAGCGGAUCCGAUGCUGCUGAAUUGCGCCAAGGGUCUUCUCAUCACCGGUGCCAUCUUCAAGUCCACGGCUCCCGACGAAACCGAUGCAGAACGUCGGGAACUUGAGAGAAUGGUUGCAGAAGCGGCUGCACCAAAGGGGAAGUCGUCAGCCAAAACUGCACACGCAAAACGGGAGCAAAUGCUCCGACAACAUGCAGCAGAAGCCGAGAAGGUCAAGACUGGGCAGAAUGAUAUUUAA